CACAGCUGAACGGAAUCAUAAUUAAACUAAACAAGGACAAGAAAAUGACCAAAUAUGGGCAUAAGAGGGAGGGAAACACAAGACACAAGACUGACCAUUACCUUGGUUAUGAGAGGGCAGGAAAUCCCAAGUCAAUAGGCAAUUUUGAGUGCUGGGAAAUCAAGCAGAACUACAUGAAAACAAAGACCCCUGUCCAACUGUUUCUCCAAGGUAAGAGACCUGCUGAGAAUGUGGACAUAAUGGUGCUGGAGACGGACUACAGCUCCAAUGCUACGGUGGUUUUUAAGAGAGCAGGGGAAAUUACCAUGAAACUAUAUGGGUUCUGCGAGUCCACAGAAAAGGUCCUGGAUCUGACCUAAAACCAGCAUCUUGUGAGCACUGUGAGAAAGCAUUGUGCUAAGAAUUUCACCAAUAAAUUUAAUUAGUAAUUUCAAGGUUUUGUGUGUUAACUUUACAUUUUCUAGUUUGAUCAUGAACAAUAGCAUUCAAUAUAAUAUAGGAACCAGUAGAUAUUGAGGAAAGCACAUCCCCCUAAUCUUUAAUUUAUUUGGGUUACAUCCUUGCUAAUAAGUAUCGAAAGUGGUGAUUUUGCUCAAGCCAUUCUAGAUGUAACAGAAGAGUACUUAUACAACAAGGCAAAGGCAUCUUGAUGAGGUUAGUGUGGUUUGUGAUGUAACUCUCAAAACAAGACUCUGCCUGCCCACCCUUUCAGAGUUACACAACACAAGGGGUAAACAUGUUACAUAUCCAACAUUCCAAAAAAUAUCCUACGGUAAUCAUUUUCAUAUGGAAAAACAUCUAACACAGAAAUUAACUAGUUUUUAACACAAAAUAGCUUU